AUGGCAGAAAGUUCAGACUCCGACCCUAGGUCACAGGAAAAUGGCAGUGUAGAAGAGAGUCACGCACAUAAAUUCGAACAUCCAAAGCAUCGCCGACUCCCAUUUCGGCAAUGGGUCGAAACGAACAUGAACUGGAGCUGGUUCACAUGCACACAGUCUACAGGUGGAAUAGCGUCUCUAUUAUAUGCUUGUCCGAAGCGCUUCGACGGACUUGACACAAUUGGGACCAUCAUCUUCAUAUUCAACAUCGUCCUCUUCCUAACAUUUACAACUCUGAUGGCCAUCCGCUGGACCGGGAACCCAUCAAAGAUCAGGGACUGCUUCAUCAAAGCACCAGAAUGCUACUUCUUCGGGUCGUUUUGGCUUACCUGCGCGACAAUGAUCAUCGAUAUGCAGCAAUAUGGUGUUCCUCAUACCGGACCAUGGCUCUUGGUAGCAAUUCGGAUCUGCUUUUGGACAUAUGCUGCAAUAACCUUGGUCUCAACGACCCUCCAUUUGACCUUCCUCAUCAAAUAUACUCCCGUCGAGAUCCACGAGUUUAACCCAGCCAUAUUUCUGCUGGUUCUCAAUGCCAUGCUUACAGGAACUGUUGCGGCUAUUAUAGCUGCAGAUCAGCCCCCCGCUCAACGCCUUCCAAUCAUCGUAGCCGGCGUUGCAUACCAAGGCCUGGGAUGGACGGUCUGUACAUUCUUCCUGAACCUACUCAUAGCUCGUCUGUUGGCGAAGGGAUGGCCGAAUCCGCCCCACACCAGACAAGGGCUCUUUAUCAUGGUGGGAACCAGUGGUUAUACCAUCGUUGCACUGAUUGGUCUGGCUCGCGCAACAAAUCCAUUACCGUACGGGUACUUCAACACCCAUCCAAUGGCAGGCGAGGUACUCCUCAUCGUAGCGACUUGGUUUGGGGUAUUUCUCUGGGUCUUCACAUUUUGGGUAUUCAGCCUUGCUUCUUGUAUCAACCUGUUUGGACUUUUCAUUAAGGAAGACAGGAAGAAUCUCAAGUUCGGCAAUGUAGCCUGGUCCUUGGUGUUCCCUGUAGUUGGGUUCACCCUAUCGACUGUCUACCUAGGAGAGGAACUGGAGAGUCAAGGGAUCCUCUGGGUCUCGGUCGGCAUGACGAUCAUGGUCAUCUCGUUCUGGCUUCUAGAUCUUGCGCUCAUGGCAAAGACAAUUGUCAUAUCCAUGUUCCUCGAUCCUAGAGUCAAAUUGUCAUAG